AGAAAAGCUGUCUCUUCACAGGCGGGGUCCGUUUGUGUGUGGCUACAUGCUCGGGCUGUGCCAGGCUGGAUGGAGGGGGAUGCCCAUGGGCACAUUCUGGAGUUGCUAUGCACAGCUUUAUAUGCAGGGUGCUCCCUGCCACCACCGUUAUGCAGUGCGGGAUGGCGCUGAGCGUGUGCGGUCAGUGUGUGCCUGGGAGCUGGCACCUCAGAGCUGCCUGAUUUGGAGAAAGAGGUGCUGGGGAGGAUGGGGUGCUGCUGGAGCACUUGGUGAAACGGGAGGGCAAAUGGAAAUUCACCUAGAGCUUUGGGAUGCGGUUGGGCUAGAUGACCUUAGUGGUCUUUUCCUACUGUAAUGGAUCUUAGAUAUCCUUGUGGACCGCACAUUGUUCGCAUUGCUUGACCUUGCAUUAUAGCUGUCUUAAGAGCAUGCAGUACCCAGGCUAGGAUUGCAGGGUUUGCACUGCAUAGUGAUGCACUGAUGUUGAGGAAGAUGCACGUGUGAGAAAAGCCCGACAGUAAGGAGCAGAGCUUGGGCUUCCCCUGGCUGGGGCUCUGGGGAUGAUGAUGAUGCUCGCUUAGGUGAGCACCGCAGUGCUGGGCUGCAUGGGGGACGGUGGCAUCUUGAGGGCGAUGUCCCCGUCCACAGCAUGCUGCAGUGGCGUGGCCUCAUUCACAGCUUGUGAACUUGCUUCCUUGGGGCUCCAUUUAGCUUAUGAAAAGUCCACGCUGCUGGUACCUGGAGCUGCUGAAUGAAUUCGGCAUUGCUGUAGCAGUGCCUUGCUCUGCUUGGUUCCAUCUCCAGACGCCGCUGUCUGCCUUGUCUGUUGCUUUUUAGGGAGCAGCUUGCCCGUUUCCUUUGGAAAUCUGGGAGAUGAGCUCUUGUAUAGGCACGAGGGGAUGGUGAGACAAGGUAGAUUGCAGCUGGUGAGGAGAAUGGAAAUAGUGAUAGACGGGAGGUGCUGGAAGGGAAGAAGAGGAAACCUAAAUAGCUAAUUGAGAGCAAGAGCUCAGAUUCAUUAACAGAAAGCACCCUGCUCUGAUUCACCCCCCCUCCCCCCCCCCGCUUAAUCCUAAAUCGGUGAAAAUGAGUGUUAAACGGAGCCCAGUACAACAUGUGCUAAUUGCAGAUGAAAGAGAAACUCUUGGGUGGAUGGGAAUUCCACGUUUAAGGGCUUUUUCUCCUUGUGGUGCAUGGCGAGGCUGCUGGCUUGCGCGGAGCACAAAGCCCUCCCUUUCUUGGACAGCCCAGUGCCGUGCUGGCGUUUUCCUCCGAAUCUGUUUCCCAUCAGAGCUGGGAGAGGGGGAAGGUGUUGAGCAUCUCAGGGGGCGGGAGGGGAGCUCUGCCUCUGUCGGGAGUCCCACAGCCCAUGUGGCAGUGCUGCGCGCAGGGCCGUGUGCCUUUGUAAUGAAUCACCCCGCCAUUGUCUGCUCCCCUCCCUGCUGCCGCGAUGGAGCUUUCACCUGGGCUGCUGCCUGCGCGCGGGCCUUCUUCCAAGCUGGGAAGAGGAGGAGGAGGAGGAAGGGCUACUCGCCGUAAUUAAAGCCAGAGCAGGGAAAGCUGCUAUUUCCAGCCUGCAGCACCCCGGUUUCCCUCCUUCUCCGCCUCGAGUGGCUGCCUUUUGAUGUGGGUGUAGGCAGGAACAUCUGAAGGUCCCCUUUUGUGAGGUUGUGGGAUCACUGGGCUCCAUUUUGCGGCACCAUCCGAGGUGCCUUUGCUGCCGGUGUGCCCCCUCCUGUCCCCCAGCACCCCUCAGCAGCUCCAGCCAGAGCCGUUUAUCUUGGCACGUGUUUCGCUCGCUGUGCUCUGCCCAGGGCUCAGGGAGGUGAUGGCGUUUGUGGCUUUGAGACUAAUUUAUGUCCUUGUUAAAACGAACCAGCGAGCAGUCUCAUUUUUUCCAGAGGUUUUCAUCCCUUCCCCCUUCCAUAACCCUUUCCCUCCCAGACCCCAUGUGCAGCUAGAGACAACCUUGCACGGCCCAAAGUUGCUCGUUCAGCCAAUGAUUUAAAAAAAAAAAAAAAAAGGGAAAAAAAAAAAAAAAAAGACAGAGCUCCAUAAAUGGAGAUCUUAUUUAAAUCGGAGCAGCAGCUGACUCAUUAAAGGCCUCUCUAUCUCCUUUUCUUUACUCUGCCUUGUUCUUUUCCCCUGUCUCCCUACCUCCCAUGACAGCGGUCUGUGCUCGCUCUGGGCUCAGGCAGUGGGGGUGGAUUUGGGGACCAGAGAUCAUGCCCAUCAUGACAGCCACCUCACAAAUGUGCGAAGCAUCCUGUUGUAGGAGAUCAUCCUCCUUUGUUUGAACUGUCUGCAGGGGAGCCCGAGUGCCAGGACAGCCUCUCCUCCUGUCCCCGUAUUGCUUCUUUGGGAUCUCCUUCCUUCUGGCAAGCUGGAUGCUCCAGCAUCUCCUCCUUCCCCCUUUCCCCACCCUUCCCUCAAAAAAAGGGGGGUGGUGGUGAAGAAAGAGCUUUUUCCUCACACUGAGGGAUUCACUUGGGAGCUAUCGCUAUUCCCCAGCCCUUUUCCUUGCUUGGAGGAUGGCAGCCCCCUCUCCCUCAGCUUAUUCGCUAUUUGCUCCUUGGUUUGGUGUCCCCCUUGCAUGAGCUGUCUGAAGGGGAUUGCUCUUCUUGUAUCCCACGGCCUCAUGCUCUUUUUCUUUCAUUGCCGUUCUGAACGCGGUGCUUGUUUAUGCGUUACCUGACUUUCUGCCUCUGUGUACCCCCUAGUUCUUGCCUCCCUUCUGCUGUUUGUCGUAGGACCUCGGUUUAGCGCUGCGGGCACCAUGUCAGCAGCAGAGGUUUGUGUGAGAGGAGUCCUGGCCAGGCCCUUUUCCAGGAGAAUCUCCCCCGGAGAUUGAAGGAUGGACCUGCAGCUCGCUUGCCCUGAUGGUAACCAGGAGCCAGCAGCAACUCCUGAUGCAAUGGUGCAGCCAUUCACCACAAUCCCAUUUCCGCCACCCCCACAGAACGGGAUUCCCACAGAGUACGGGGUGCCACACACUCAGGACUAUGCAGGCCAGACCAGCGAGCACAAUCUGACGCUCUACGGGAGCACGCAGCCGCACGGCGAGCAGAGCACGACCACAGCCAGCACGCAGAACGGAUCUCUCGCACAGACAGAAGGAGGGGCACAGACAGAUGGACAGCAAUCACAGACACAGAGCAGUGAGAACACCGAGAGCAAAUCCACUCCAAAACGACUUCAUGUGUCUAACAUUCCCUUCCGCUUUCGAGAUCCUGACCUUCGACAGAUGUUUGGGCAAUUUGGCAAAAUCCUUGAUGUAGAGAUAAUCUUUAAUGAGCGCGGCUCCAAGGGAUUCGGGUUCGUAACUUUCGAGAAUAGUGCUGAUGCAGACAGGGCCAGGGAGAAAUUACACGGCACCGUGGUAGAGGGCCGUAAAAUCGAGGUUAACAACGCCACAGCACGAGUGAUGACCAAUAAGAAGAUGGUCACGCCAUAUGCAAAUGGUUGGAAGUUGAGUCCUGUGGUUGGAGCGGUGUACGGCCCUGAGUUAUAUGCAGCGUCCAGCUUUCAAGCAGAUGUCUCGCUGGGCAAUGACGCCGCAGUGCCCCUGUCAGGAAGGGGGGGUAUUAACACUUACAUUCCUUUAAUCAUUCCAGGCUUCCCCUAUCCAACUGCAGCCACCACAGCAGCCGCGUUUCGGGGAGCCCACCUGAGGGGCCGAGGAAGGACGGUUUAUGGGGCAGUCCGGGCAGUACCUCCUACAGCCAUCCCUGCCUACCCAGGAAUAGUCUUACAGGAACCAAUCAUUAGCGCUAAAAUACCUCAGGGUGGAUACGCAGCCUACAGAUAUGCACAGCCUGCUACUGCAACAGCAGCCACGGCCGCUGCAGCCGCUGCAGCAGCUUACAGCGAUGGUUAUGGCAGGGUGUACACAGCAGAUCCUUACCAUGCCCUUGCCCCUGCCGCUAGCUACGGAGUUGGCGCUGUGGCGAGUUUAUACCGAGGUGGCUACAGCCGAUUUGCCCCCUACUGAAGUGACGUGAGCCCCCUGCAAGUGGGACAGCCCCCCCAGUUCAUGAGGCCUGGCUAUUGCAAUAUUUACUAGUAGAGGAACUCUAUAGCAAGACGAGGAGGAAAAACAAAAACAAAAGAGAAUACUUUUUUAUACCUCACUAUGUUCUUUGAAUAUGUAUUUUUUUUUUCCUUUAAAUUUCUGCCUUUAAUUCUUUUGUUCCAAAGAUUGUGCUUUUUUUUUUUUUUUUUUUCCGGAUUUUUUUGUUUGGUUGGUUGUUUUUUUGGUUUUUUUGUUUUUUUUUUUUUGUUUUUUUUUUUUAAUUUUAACUGUGGUAAAAAAAGAAAAAAAAGAAAAAAAAGAAAAAAAAAAGAUAAUGCAUUUCCGUGUGUGUAUGUUGGUGCAUAGCUUAUCCUACCAAUCACGGAAAAGGCGAUUAGCGAUAAGGAAAGCUGUUAGAAACUGCUAUUAAUCAGGAACACGCAGACAGAGUUACUGCCCUGGGACUGGUGCUCAGUGCCCAGGAGGCGGGAGGACGUGAGGGAGAAGUCUCCACCUGCCGUGUUUCUGCUCCGCAGAAGGAAGCGCUCUUUGGCUGUGGCUGGGACCUAAAUGCUGGUGGGAGAUUUUGCAUAUGGAGAAGGGGGAAAUGCGGAGACUUCCCUCCUUUUUCUUUUUAUCAGCACCCGACGACGCGCACGGGUUUGGGACAGUUGCAGCAGUGUCAGGAUUUUAGACUCGGCGAGAGAAGAUGUCCUCAACCUGCCCAAAGACUUUGGCUGUUACCGCUGCACAGGGGACAAGACUUUGAAUGGAGUUUUUGAGGAGGAGGAUCCUUCCCUCCCGCACACACAACUUACUCUAGCUGAUCGUUGUCCAUUGCUGGUGGCUGUAACUCUCUUAGUUUUCCAUCCUCCUUUUCGAGACCCUUCUCCCUUGCUGUCCCUUUGCUCCCUCUCUUCCUCGAGGAGCGGCUGAUGCAGUGCAGCAUCUCACAGUACCUCUGCUGCGGACAGCAAGCGGUUCCAGCUGAGUGCAGCCGUGACGAUGAAGAAAGCUGUGGCUGAAGAAGCGUGCAUCAGUGCUGACAUCCAGCCAGCGAGGUCUCUCCUUCUGCUCAUCCUGAGCUGCUUAGACACUGCAGCGAGCAAUCUGUUUCAAGUAACGUGAAUGAGGAAAAGCAAGUCAGUGUAUAAGCUGCUGAGGUGAGGGGCAUAUGCACGUGGGUUUGUCUGGGGGAAGAGCGUCCUUUAUGUUCAAACGUGAUCCUGGUUUUGUUUCGGUCAGGAGUUUGGGAGGAGGCAGAAGCAGUUUGUACAAGCUCUGAAUUCAUAGGAACUUCCCACCACAAGCUAUGUAUCCAAGGCCCUUUCAGUCAGAUUGGAGCCCUGGGUCCGUUCUGCCCAGCCUCCCAUAGAAAGUUGCACGCCUGGGCUGCUGGGUCCAUAAUGACACUACAUAAGACAAGAUUUGGAAGCGGAGAGCCUGUUUGGGGUACAGCUCUGUGACUCCCCCAGCACUGUCUCCCUUCUCUCCCCAGCAGCGAUUUGGCUGGGCCACAAGGUUGGCGUUCUUGGCUGACCUCCAUCCUAGGUUCCCAGCAGCCCCGGUGCUCAGAGGGAAGUGCUUUUACACCAUCCCUAAGCUGCGUUAGAGAAGCGUGGUUUCACUGAGCUGCCUCAACUCUUGCUUCUUGGAAGGACUUCUUGGAGCAUGGGUUUGUUGGUGGACCCUCUCCUACUCCUGCCAUACCCUUGCUUCUCCAUCCACUGCUGAUAGCAGAAUAGGAAACCUCCUGCAUUUAACACUAAGCAAUGUCUACAAGCUGGGCUCCUGGGAAGGUGUCCUGGCCCAGCCAUGCACAGCCAUGCAUUCUUUGCUCUCCCCCAGUGAAACGCAGCCUCUCUGGGUGCAGCAGAGGGGAAGAAUGGGGAGGCCGUUAGUUAAGCUAGAGACCCUAAAGCUAUUGAUUCUCUGGAGGAAUAGCUAGAAAAAGGGGACACCAAACUGCCAGCCUGUUGGCCACCUUUUGCUGUUUUGUUUUGUUUUGUUUUCUUUUGUUUUGUUUUUUUCCUGGUUUUAUUGUUGGUUUUUAAUUUUUUUUUUCCAAGCCAAAGUUUGGUUUGUUGCUGUUGUGACUAUUUUUUUUUGUUUGUU